AUGAAAGUUAAUAAUAGACCAAUAAUAGGAAUAUUAAGUCAACCAUGUGAUAAUGAAAUGACAGAUCAUGAAACUGAUCAAUAUAUAGCAGCUGGUUAUGUAAAGCAUUUGGAAGGUUCAGGUGCAAGAGUAGUACCUAUACUCUAUGACAGUACACCAGAAGAGAUAGAGACACUUUUUAAAUCAAUCAAUGGUAUAUUGUUGCCUGGUGGAGGUGCAGACCAUCUCGAUCAAUUACCACAAUACUGUGAAACACUAAGACUGUUGUAUAGACUAGUGAUCGAUGCAAACGAUCGAAAAGACUACUUUCCACUAUGGGGAACAUGUCUUGGUUUCGAACAACUCGUCAUGAUGCAAGCCAACGAUAUUCACAUACUCGAACAAUUCAAAGCAAGUAAUUACACCAUCCCACUAGACUUUACAGACAAGGUUGGUAACAGUCGAUUAUUUAGUCUUGCGUCACCAUCGAUCAUGCAAGAUCUCGCCACGCUUCCCCUGACAAUGAAUAAUCACAAGUUUGGUAUCUCUCCAUCUACCUUUACAUCAAACGCUCUACUUGACUCCUUUUUCGAUAUACUAUCAAACAACUUGGAUCAAGAGGGUGUUGCAUUUGUAUCGACUAUCGAAGCCAAGAACUACCCCAUCUAUGGUGUACAGUGGCAUCCCGAGAAACCUCUCUACGAAUGGUACCAUAAACUAGGUGUAGAUCAUUCAUACCAAAGUAUUCUAGUCAACCAAUACACCUCCAACUGGUUUGUCAAUGAAUGUAGAAAGAAUUUUCAUUCCUUUUCAGACAACGUCUCUGAAACCAAUGCUUUAAUUUAUAAUUAUCCUGCUAUUCAUCAACCUCUAACUAUUCCUGAUUUUCAACAAAUUUAUUAUUUUCCAUGUAAUAGUAAUAUAGUAGUAGAAAGUUGUAUUACUAGUAGUAGUAAUAGUGGUUAUAUUAAUCAAAGACCAAUAAUUGGGAUAUUAACACAACCAACUAGAAAUGAUGGUAGUAGCAAAUCGUUAGGAUAUGAUCAAUAUAUAGCAGCUAGUUAUGUUAAAUAUAUUGAAAGCGCAGGUGCGAGGGUAGUACCUAUACUCUAUGAUAGUACACCUAAACAACUAAAGACACUAUUUCAAUCAAUCAAUGGGAUACUUUUGCCUGGUGGAGCUGUUUUACUACAAUACUAUCCACUCUAUCAAGACACUAUAAGGUAUCUUUAUCAAUUGGUUGUCGAGGCAAACGAUAGACAAGAUUACUUUCCGCUUUGGGGCACGUGUCUUGGUUUUGAACAAAUCCUAAUGAUGCAAGCAGACAAUAUCUACUUGAUGGAAUCAUUUGAUGCUCUCAACUACUCAUUGUCUCUCAAUUUUACUCGCAGUGCUCGUGACAGUCGAUUGUUUAGCAUGGCACCAGAAUCGGUCAUGCAGGAUUUGGCCACUCUUUCGCUGACAAUGAACAAUCACAAGUUUGGUAUCUCGCCAUCCUCCUUUAUGUCAAAUCCCCUUUUAAACCAUUUCUUUACCAUUCUCUCAAUCAACAAUGAUAGAGGCGGUUUGCCAUUUGUCUCUACUAUCGAGGCAAAGGACUAUCCCAUCUAUGGUGUCCAAUGGCAUCCAGAGAAACCACUCUAUGAAUGGACAAACACUCAAGACAUUAACCAUUCAUACCAAAGUAUCCUCGCCAACCAAUACACUGCCAAUUGGUUUGUCAAUGAAUGUAGAAAGAAUUUUCAUUCCUUUUCGGAUCAAUCCUCUGAAGCAAAUGCUUUAAUCUAUAAUUAUCAGGCUACUCUCUCUAUCAAACCAAAAUCAGAGUAUCAACAAAUUUAUUAUUUUAAAAAUCAAACUCUUUCAUAA